UUGCGCAUCACGUCUCCUCUCAUUUUUCUCUGGAUCCCUGUCGUUGAAUCAGAAGAAUCCAAAAAAACUCGUCUUGCCUUCCCGCGGCGAGGACGAGAACUCACCUAUUCUCGAUUCUCUCGAAGGCUCGUUCCCUCGAAAAACAGAGAGGGAGAAAAUCGGACAACUACGUUGCAACGAAAGUGCAAGUUAUGAAGUGACGUGUCGAGUUCGAUAUCGCGUGCCGAAUCCGAGUUAUUCCAACGAGGGGAAAAUUUGAACUCGAUUGGAAUCCGUGAUCACCCGCCCCAUCAUCGCCCAUUUCUCCGCGAUCAACGACGAAAGUUACACGACGGUGCAAUAUUUCUCGUUAUUCCACUGGUUAAAUACGCGGCCACGAUAAAUUGUCCAGGAGAGGAGGGGGUGCGAGGAUGAGGUCGAUCUUGCCAGGCAACAAAUCACAUCGUUAAACCGUUAAAACACGAUGCGAGGCCUCCACGAUAUUUGGCACCUGUUUCACAAGGGUUGGUAUCAUGCCAACAACAAAGUCGAGCAAAGUGCCACGAUGACUCUCCCCCUUCCUUUCUCCUCCCCUUAUUUUAUUCUUCUUUUUUUCCCCUCUCCAUUUUAUUCUAUUCGACUCGUUCGACCGUGAAUUGAAUUGAAUUCCGCGUAACACCGGAAUUAUUGUGCAAAUGCGGUGGCCGGGUCGCCUCCUCGAUCCUAUGAAUUUCCGGCAUCGAGGCCUCGUUUAAUCGAAAGAAGAGAGAGAGAAAGAGAGAUGAUAAAAAGAAUGGGGAGUGAAAAGGAUGGUGGGAUAUAGAGGCGAAGACGGAGGAGCGACGGUGAAUCGAAGUGGCUCAAUUUGGUUGAUUAAAUUGGCCUCGAAUUUACGUCGAGGAACGAGUUGCUGGGCUGCGGCAACGUCCAUGGUUUAUGCGAGUUAACGCUUCUCCGCGAGAGACCGCGCUUAAUUCUUCCAUCCAUCGCGCGUUUAAACACCCCUUCUUUUCCGACCUUUAAACCUUUCCACGCGAAAGAGAGAGAGAGAGAGAUAAGAAGAUUUGAGCGGGGUUGAAUGACACUGGUGGUGCGUGGUGGAUUUUAUCCAAUCGUGGGAAUAAAAAAAGAAAAAAAAAAAAAAAAAGAAAGGAAAAUAUUUAUUCGAAGAGAAGUGAGUGAACCGGCGAGAGUUAAUAUGCUUCUGCGUACCGUCAGCUAUUCUGUCAGCUGGCAAUUUGGAUCAGGGAUGGUCGACCGACGUCACGAGAUGAGAGUGAAAUUUCGUCUCGGUGAUGUGAGAAAAGUUUCAACGAAAGCCCUGGCAGGCGCCAAGACCCUCGGAGGAUUUUUGUACAGCGCCGUGAAUAAGGCUGGAAAAACCGUGGUCGAGGCUGGGGCAAAGAUCAAGAAGACCGUCGAGGAGAACAGAUUGGUCGCCGAGCUGAACAGAGAACAGGAGGCUUUCAUUGCGAACAAGCACACCGAAAAGGGUGAGGCCGUCGCACCGUGGGUCGGCGCGCCUAACGAGGACAUACUCCGCGAGGAAUGCUUAUCUCUCUCCAUGGAUCAACGCAAUUUCUUAAAAUCCCCGCCAAAGGAAGUCGAUUUCCCAUGGGACUUUGAGGCCGUACAACCGAUGGCGCAAGCAACUCUCGCCUUGGAUCCGAAUUUGGAGAACAUGAGGUUCCAACUGGUGCCGAAAGUAAUAUCAGAGGAGAAUUUCUGGCGGAACUACUUUUACCGGGUGUCGGUACUCCGCCAGAGCCACGAGCUGAACACAAUGGCCAACCAGGCGGAAAACAACCUAAAUCAAACAUCCGCAGGAACUGUGGAUCAAGCUGAAGUUCAAGUGACCACUGGCCAGGAAAGCAGCGGAACCGUGAUGACCGGGAGUAACAGCGCGUUGGCCGAUUCGCCGGGCCACGAAUUCGUGUCCGAUAGCAUGAGGGUCUCGGACACGGACCUCGAAGAGGUCCGGGAAGGCAUGAAAAAACUGGGGAUGCAGCCGCCUAAAGCAGAGGAAGAUUGGGAACGCGAAUUGGAAGCGGAGCUGAAGGAUUACGAGGUAGUAACAGGUAACGAAGAGAGGAGCAGCGUCGAAACACCGGUGAGAAGCAGUGGCGCGUUGGAUAAAGAUUGGGAGAAGCAGAUCGACGAGCUACUUGCCAACGAGGACGACGAGGACCUCAAGUGAACUGGGAUAUCCUCUUUGUGAAUCGGAUAGAGAGGACGAUCUUUGUCGCGUUUUGGAUCAUCCUGCGUUUAAAGGGGACUAGUGUGAGAGAUCGCCGGCUGGGAUUGUUGUGUGUCUUUCCUCCAUCGACUUUCCUCAGCUUCUUUGUAGAGGAAUAGAGGGGAUGAAAGAUUCUCGAAACAGAAGGAUCUCGUCUUUCUACCUCCCUUUCCCUUUCGUUCUAUCUCUCUUUCGCGGUCGUUGAGACAUCGCCAUAGCGAGGGAGAAAAGAUUUCUUUUUCGAAGAAAAGAUUUCUUUUUCGAGACUGCUUGGAUGAUAUAAAAAUGUAAUAAAGUGUAAGAAAAAAAAAGAAAGAAAGAAAGAAAAAAGAAGGUAAGAAAGAAAGGAAAAAACGUGAGAAAGAAUGAGACUAUGUUUCGGUACUUCUUUUCUUUUUUUUUUUUUUUUUUGUAUUGUUAAAACGAUUGUAAUUAAGGAUAGAGAGAUAGAAGAAAGGAAAGGGGUGUUUGAAGAAGAAGACGAAAGGAGCUGUUCCUCGUUUCCUCUUCUAUGGGGUACUUUCCUCAACAACGCGUACGUUUGCGAUCCUCGAACACGAUGAAGAUGAGACAAGAUUUAUAGAGAGAAUAAAGGGGAAAAAGAGGAACAUUGGGAAAAAGAUUGCGAUGAUUAUAAGAAUAUUAUUUUACCGAUCGAUCUCGCUUCUUUCUUAAACUUUUGUCGAUAUUUUUCAUCCAUCGAUAAUCCUCUGAACGAUGGACGGGUGUGCACAUAAGAUGAUACAUGCUUUUAAUGCCACACUUAUGUCAAUUGUUAGACUCGUUUAUAAGGGCGAAUAUAUAAUAUUUAAAAAGAAUAAAAAAGAAAGAAAUUCUGAAGUUUUCCCCUUUGUAAUAUCGAUCGUUGUAUUUAAUGAACAAAAAAAAAAAACAAAAAUAAAUAAUUAAAUAAAAAUGUGCUACUUCUAACAUGGAGCGUGUUAUGUAAUGUUACACAAAAUGCACUGUGCUACGGAAUAAAAAUAGAAUAAAUGAAUGGGGAAAAAAGGAAUGCUUCUUCAUCGAGUUCGAAGGAUCGAGGACUAUCCGAAGUGACACAUUACACUGCCGUGUGCCGAAGGACACCGUUUCGAACGAUUAUUGUCAACUAUUGGCUAUAUUUUUUCCCCCUAAGAGAAAAAGAAAAAAACAAUUUAUGAUCACGUUUUUCCUUAUCGUUAUUCGUUGAUCGUAGAUAUUGUUCGCCAAAAAUGAAUUUGAUUCGAUGAAAAAUCACGAAUAGAAAAGAAAAAAUUGGUAAAAAUCUACGCAGAUUAUUAUUAAUUAUUAUUAUUAUUAGUAUUAUUAUCAGGCGCAUUUGUUAAUGUUGCGUCGCUAAAGAUACAUUUUUUGCGUUAAAAUUUGUCUAAAUAUUUGUUACAUGUUGCAAUAUUUACGCUAAUGUCGUUAUGCGUAUUUUAAUAUUGAUACGCAGUAUGUCCACAUGACGGAAGGGCUCAAAUUAUCAAUAGAAUUAAUUAAGAAUAAAAACGAAUCGAUCGAUAGGAAACAAACAAUUUCUCGACAUGAUUUUCUGCAACAUGCCGUCCAAUUAUUUCCUCGACUUCGUUGAAAAAUCGAGGCGAACAAUUCUCUACAACAAUUCGUGUGUAGACCAGAAACAAAUCGUGAUGGAUAAAGUUUAGCGUUUCGCGGCACGAUAUUUUAUCUUCGUUAAUGCUUGUUUCCUUCAUCAUAUGGACAUUCUGUGAUCGAUAAAGAAAUAUUAAGAGAUUCGAUUGUUAUAUGAUGAUAUAUUCGAGAUAUAACAAUAUAUAUUGUUAUAUAUUGUGUAUAAUGAACGCGAUAUGAAGAAAAGAAAAAAAAAUGAAUGAACUGUUAUUAUGAUAAAUAUUGAUAGAAGCGAAAGUCAAGAAACUAGAAAAGAGAAAAGAAACGAUUCGUGUAAAUGAUUGUACGAACGUUUGUUGAUUAUACAACAAAAAGAAAGGGGAAAAAGUUAAAGAAAAUAAUAAGUGUCGCAUUCGAAUAAACUUGUACUUCUGAUCGUUGCGUGCGCCACUAUGUUGAGUCCAGAUCUUUCGUCAAUUCUUUUCAGACAUUUUUUUUAGAUUAUUCUUUGUCCGUACAUCGAUCGACUAAUUCGAUGUACAUAAGAGUAAAAGAAUAAUGAAAAUAUAUUUAGCUUAAAAAUUUGCAAAGAAGGAAAGAACCCUAAGAAAGACUUGAUUCUGAGCUCAACGCUGGUUCACCGUGUGCGCGUGUUUCAUUCAAUUCGCUGUGAAAUUUUUCAUUCGCACUAGUCGUUAGGUCAAUAUAUAAUACCUAUAUUAUACGAAAUGUAUAUUAACGUUAAGAUAUCGGGCCUAAGUUCGUCGUAAUAUUAAUGAAAGACAGAAACGCAUAUGUGUUAUAUAUAUAUAUGUAUAUGAAUAUGAUUAAUAUUAUAAAGAUUAAAAUCUGGCAAUUAUGAUUUUCUUUCGAAACGACACCGAUAUGAACGCAGAAAAAAUAGGUAAAUCUUGAACGUGUCUUUCAUUGAUAAUCUUUGUGUAUAUUAUUAUAUUCUAUGAUUCCGUUCAUAGAGUGAUUCUCGUGUUAUAUUUCUUGUAUAUGUAACGUAUUACGAACGCCAUAUAUAAAUCACGAUUUAUAUAUACUCUUUGCCCCGACUGAGACAUGAGGAAAUAGAUUUUCGCGAAAAGUCCUUCAUUUUUUAGAUAAUUAGAAUGAUGGGUCAGAAAACUAAUAUAUAAUAAUAUGAAUAUGUCGAUAAAUGAACGUCUUUCCCUUCAAUGGUCAAAACAAAAGAAGAAAAAAAGGAAAAAGAGUAUGAAGAGAAAAUGAAUCAUGGUGUACUUCGGCAGUCCCCCUAUUUCAAAACAACUAUGUGAAUUGUGUAAUAAAAGCUAUCCUAUGAUACAGUGCAUUCACUCAUAAGAAUGAACAUACACCCGAUACA